AUGUUAAGAAUCAGAUCACUUUCGAAUAAUAGACGUGCCUUUUCGUCCACCGUCCGGGCUUUGACUGUAAAUAAGUCACAUGAUGUAGUCAUCAUCGGUGGUGGGCCUGCUGGUUAUGUGGCUGCCAUUAAGGCUGCCCAACUGGGGUUCGACACUGCAUGUGUGGAGAAGAGAGGUAAACUAGGUGGUACCUGUCUGAACGUCGGAUGUAUCCCCUCCAAGGCCCUUUUAAAUAAUUCUCAUUUAUACCACCAGAUGCAUACAGAAGCGCAAAAGAGAGGUAUUGAUAUUACCGGUGACGUGAAGAUCAAUGUAGCAAACUUCCAGAAGGCCAAGGAUGACGCUGUCAAACAACUAACUGGUGGUAUUGAACUUUUGUUUAAGAAAAAUAAGGUCACAUACUAUAAAGGUAAUGGUUCGUUUGAAGAUGAAACCAAGAUUAAAGUGACUCCUAUCGAAGGUUUGGAAGGCACUGUCAAGGAAGAUCACAUAUUAGAUACUAAAAAUGUUCUUAUCGCUACGGGCUCAGAAGUCACACCUUUCCCAGGUAUUGAAAUAGAUGAACAGAAAAUCGUGUCUUCAACAGGGGCCCUUUCAUUAAAGGAAAUCCCCAAGAGACUAGCCAUCAUAGGUGGUGGUAUUAUCGGGUUGGAAAUGGGGUCUGUUUAUUCUAGAUUAGGCUCUAAAGUCACUGUGUUGGAAUUCCAACCUCAGAUCGGUGCCUCUAUGGACGGUGAAGUCGCCAAGGCCACUCAAAAGUUCUUGAAGAAGCAAGGUAUGGACUUCAAAUUAAGCACCAAAGUCAUUUCUGCUAAGAGAAACGACGACAAAAACGUUGUCGAAGUCGUUGUUGAGGAUACCAAGACAAACAAACAAGAGAAUUUGGAAGCUGAAGUCUUGUUAGUCGCUGUUGGUAGAAGACCUUACAUCGCCGGCUUAGAUGCGGAAAAGAUUGGUCUAGAAGUGGACAAGAGAGGCCGUCUAGUCAUUGAUGACCAAUUCAAUUCUAAAUUCCCACAUAUCAAAGUGGUAGGAGACGUAACAUUUGGUCCAAUGUUGGCUCAUAAAGCUGAAGAAGAAGGUAUUGCAGCAGUGGAGAUUUUGAAAACCGGUCACGGCCAUGUGAACUAUAACAAUAUCCCCUCAGUGAUGUAUUCUCACCCAGAAGUGGCAUGGGUUGGUAAAACUGAAGAGCAAUUGAAAGAGGCUGGUAUUGAGUACAAAAUCGGGAAAUUCCCAUUUGCAGCUAACUCAAGAGCAAAGACUAACCAAGAUGCAGAAGGUUUCGUGAAGAUCCUGAUUGAUGCCAAGACCGAACGUAUAUUGGGGGCCCACAUUAUCGGUCCAAAUGCCGGUGAAAUGAUCGCCGAAGCUGGUUUAGCUUUGGAAUACGGUGCCUCUGCUGAAGAUGUUGCAAGAGUAUGUCAUGCUCAUCCUACUUUGUCUGAAGCAUUUAAGGAAGCUAAUAUGGCUGCCUAUGAUAAAGCUAUCCACUGUUGA